CCGAACACUUCCGGAACAAGUGAUUCGCUGACAACUUUUGUUCGAACCACAACGCUAUAAAUGCUUCACCCAUGAACUACAAAUCAGAACGUAAACACCUAAACUAACAUAACCAAUGCCUAACUAUGCGCAGUAUACUAAUAUAUAUAACAAUAUUAAUUUAUAUUUGAGAAAUUUCCUAUUUUGAUUGAAUAGCAUGUUAACAUUUAUGAAUGCGUCUUUGGGGUCGACCGCUGGAUGGAAUGGACUGGGUCUGAGAACGGGUUGCAUCUUGUGUUCGGGGAACCCAUCUGCCCAUCUGAGGUUGAAGGUCUACCUCAGCAGGUGGUGCACGCUACGAACCCUGUCUCGUGUAGAGAGAUUUUGGUGGAGACAAGUUUUGUAACAAUUUAGCUAAAGGAGAGACAGCUACAUAAAUGCAGUUAAGUAUAUAUUUCCUGAAAAAACCUACAGCUGGCAGCUGGGAGGUCGUGUGUUGCUGUUAUCACUCCGCCAUGGAAACUAGUACCUAGAGUUGGAGAUUUAUUGCGGAGUACUUAUACAUUGUAUGGGAAUGUUUUGUGAAGGAAAAAAAUUGUGAAGGACUCAUUUAUAUAACCUACUAAGAGAGUAAAGUUAAAAAUGAGUAAUGAUAGAGUUUGACCAGGACUGAUGAGAGAUCUGGUAUCAAGGGGCGAGUGAUGGGGCAAGACCGGGCAGAUGCCAUUUUACUCUGGACGGAGGAGCUUCGUGUUGACUUACAGAUGGAGUUUUUGAGGGUUAACUCCUACCAGAUAUCCAGAUCGUUGUGUGUCCCUGGCCAUGGCGUGCUCCGUGCUCCUGCUGGUGUUGACGGCGACCUCCAUCACCCAGGUCAAGUCUAGCUUCUUUGCCCUCUCCCAUCGGUAUGGUCCUCCUCAGGCAAGUUUACCAGCACCAUCACCCAGCUACGGCGCCCCUCCAGCUCCAGCUCCCCAGCCCUCCCCAACCUACGACAAUAACAUAUUCCCUAACGAUAAUUUCGUUCCCUCCAUCCCCGAGCCCGUCCCAAACGUAAACUACGCUCCUCCUACCCCCCCGCCAUCCCCUAAAGUAAACUACGCUCCUCCUACCCCCCAGCCACCCCCUAAAGUAAACUAUGCUCCCCCUACCCCCCAGCCACCCCCGAAAGUAAACUAUGCUCCUCCUGCCCCCCAGCCUUCCCCUACAUACAACGACAACAACAUAAUCCCUAACGACAACUACGCUGCCCCUCCCCCACAAACACCGUCAGGGAGCUACGGUACACCGUCAUACGACACCCCAACGGUGUCAUGCCAGCCCGAGACGAAAGUUUCAGUGGUGACGACAACGAAGCUGAUCCCGACCACAGUGAUACAGACCCGGACGCGAGCCCUGCCCACCACCGUCUACUCGCAGAUCACACAGACGCAGUACUACCCGUCCACCGUCAUCCAGCAGCAGACCGUCACCUCCGCCGCCCCGCCCAUCCUCCACACCACGACUGAUGUGGUGACUAACGUCAAGUAUGUGACGAGGGCUCAGUACUUCACAGAGACGUCGUACAUCACCGACACCAAGCUCCAGUACGUCACUCAGACAAGUACACAGACGCAGUACCAGACGAAGUACCAGACGCAGUAUCAGACGCAGUAUCAGACGCAGUUCCAGACAGUGACGAGCUUCAGUACCCAGAUGCAGUACGUCACUCAGACCCAGCAGGUGCCCCAGUACGUCACUCAGACGGUGACCCAAACCCAGCAGGUGCCCCAAUAUGUCACUCAGACCCAGCAGGUGCCCCAGUAUGUCACCCAGACCCAGCAGGUGCCCCAGUACGUCACCCAGACGGUGACACAAACCCAGCAGGUGCCCCAAUAUGUCACUCAAACCCAGCAGGUGCCUCAGUACGUCACCCAAACGGUGACCCAAACCCAGCAGGUGCCCCAAUACGUCACCCAGACGGUCACCCAAACCCAGCAGGUGCCCCAAUAUGUCACCCAGACGGUGACACAAACCCAGCAGGUGCCCCAAUAUGUCACCCAGACCCAGCAGGUGCCCCAGUACGUCACGCAGACAGUGACCGAUACACAGUACCAGACAGUGCCUGCCAACUGUGACAGUGGCUCUUACGAUACCCCGACAACCUCAAUGGCUGGGUACUACUAGGUCAUCUCUCGUGCUUGCUUAGUGCUGACGAUGCUGAAGUUGGUGAACUCUGAGGUACUGAAGGGUUAAAGGGUACUGAACUUCGUACCUGUACCGUACCCAAGUGUGACUCCUGGGGGGGGGGUC